AAUCACAAAGCAAGGAGGAAACUAGACGAUGCUCCUAAUGUGACAGGUGAUGAUUUACGGCUUAAAAUCAACAAAAUGUCGCGAAUGUUGUGUGUUUUUCUAGGUACUGUUUACCUUAUAUCUGUUGCCGCUACCACCUUCAUCAGUUCCGGUGGUUUUCAGAGUGACGGCCUGCAGAAGUUGCCAAGAUAUGUUUUGAACCUCGAUCUGCCAGAAGAGGACCGAUGGCAACCCAUCCUCAAACACUGGGAUGCAGAACUCUACCGCAAAUACGUAGAGUCGAUGUUGAGUAAAUAUUCUUCAAACGAGACAGCUGCCCUGAUGGAAGUAAUUGGAGAGGAGAUUGAGAAGUAUCUACCAUCACCCUAUGCGGGUGAGAUCAGAGGAAUCGCCAAGCACUUCAAACUCAAAGUUGGAGAAAUGGUCUUUGUUAAUAUCUUCUACGAUGUCUCAGUAGGAUGUACCAGCAUCGUAGCACAGGACAGUCAGGGGAGUAUCUGGCAUGGACGCAAUAUGGACUACUCAAACUCGCCAACGCUCAGAAACUUGAGUGUAAUAGUGGACUUCCAGAGCAAUGGGAAGACUUUGUACACAUCAACAACAUUUUUAGGUCAAACAGGGACCUUCACGGGACAAAGGCCUGAUGCAUUUACAGUGUCCUUCAACCAGAGAAAUCAAGGGACUCUGGUUGAUGACAUCAUACAGAUUUUCAAAGCCCUAGUCAAUGAUAGAACUGUCUUCACCUCGUUCCAGAUCAGAGAUGUCCUAUCACGUAAAGACACUGUGUCCUUUGAACCUGCCCUGCAACGGCUCGCGAACGUUCCCCAGACAGCACCAAACUAUUUCAUCAUUGGUGGCAUGCAACCAGAAGAGGGCGCAGUUGUCACCAAAGGACGAUUGAAAGCAGUCGACGUCUGGAAGCUCAACUCAACAGAGGGAAGGUGGUUUUUGCUGGAAACCAACUACGAUCAUUGGAUGGCACCCCCAGAAAGCGACGAUCGAAGGGAUCCAGGAAACAAAGCCAUGAAUGCCACGGGUUCAAAGGUCAUCGACCUGAGUCACCUUCUUGAGGUGUUAUCUAUCCCUCUAGUGUGCAAUAGAAACACUAUAUACACCACGCUGAUGAGUGCAGCCCACCCUGGUAGUUUCGUCUCCUACUACCGCCAAUGUAAGUAAGUAGACAAAUACUGGACAUCACCUACAAGCCCUCGGCAGAGCUGCCAUCUCUCCCUGAUUCUGCAGAAAGUUCCCUGAAAAUGAACAAAUCUUCUCACGUUCUGAUUUGAAAAUCUCCCUGAUAAAGGGAUGGUACACGUUUGGUAAUUACUCAAAACAAAUAUUAACUUAAACACUGA